UUAAAAAAGAAAAAAAAACAAAAACACAACUUACCCAAAUUUUUAAAAUACUGAUAAAAUACAAUUAAGUCAAAAUAAUAAAUCUAAAAAACCCCAUCUUCAAUCAUGGUAAACUAAUUACAAAUAUUACCAUGGCAACCUAAACAGGAACAGUAAUGAAUUUUUGUUUAGUGCGUGCAAUUUUAAAUUUAUUGACAUUUUUUAUUGAUCUUUAAUACUUUUUAAUCAUUUAAUUUCAAAGUCUUAAUUAUAUUUACAUUUUACUUCUAUAGCAGCCAUCAUGGACAGGGUCAAAUCAACAACUGUUUCAACUGGUUGACAAAAUAGCUUCAGCAUUAUCCUAUAUUUUCAUGUGAACAUGAACUACACAUGUGUAUGUAUAUAUAUAUGUGUGUGAAUUCUUGAACAUAACUCAAUAAACCAAAGGUAGAGAAGUAAACAUGCAGAUGAGUUAUCUUGCAGUGUUUCUGAUACUGCUUCUUCCAAUUUCAUGUUCAUCUUCAGCUCCUACCUUGGUUGAGAAGAAAUUCAAGGAAUGCUUGAUAACCCAACUUGGUGGCAAUUCUGAAUACGUUGAGAAAAUAAUCUUCACCAAAUCAUCCUCCCAAUAUCCCCAAGUCUUGGAAGCACGGGAACAAAACACUAGAUGGGUGAAUUCCUCAUGGAAGCCUAUUCUAAUUCUAGCACCUUUCCAUGAAUCAGAAAUUCAAGCAGGCAUCAGAUGCAGCAAAGAACUUGGGUUGCAACUCAGAGUCAGAAGUGGUGGCCAUGAUUAUGAAGGGCAAUCAUACCUUAGUGAGGCCCCAUUUGUCAUGGUUGACCUCAUCAACAUGCGUUCCAUUCAAGUUAACCUUUCUGAUGAAACAGCUUGGGUUCAGGCUGGGGCAUCGGUGGGUGAACUUUACUACCAAAUCUCAAAAGCUAGUAAAGUGCAUGGUUUCCCUGCAGGAACCUGUCCAAGUGUAGGGAUAGGUGGGCAAUUCAGUGGAGGGGGGCAGGGUGUCAUGUUGAGAAAACAUGGCCUGGCAGCAGACCAUGUUGUUGAUGCUUACAUCAUUGAUGCAAAUGGGAAGAUUCAUGACAGAAAAUCAAUGGGAGAAGAUGUUUUCUGGGCCAUCAGAGGAGGUAGUGCUACUAGUUUUGGAGUCAUCCUUGCAUGGAAGAUUAGGUUGGUUAGAGUCCCACCUACUGUUACAGGUUUCAACGUUCGCAAAACAGUGGAAGAAGGAGCCAAGAAUCUCAUUCACAGGUGGCAAUACAUUGCACAUGAAUUGCAUGAGGAUCUUGUCAUUAGAGUAAUAGCUCAAAAUAGUGGUGACAACUCAAAAACAUUGAGAGUACUCUUCAACUCUCUGUUCCUGGGAGGAGUAGACAGGUUGAUCCCACUUAUGAAUAAGAGUUUCCCAGAAUUGGGAUUGCAGGCCAAAGACUGCANUGAAAUGAACUGGAUUCAAUCAGUUAUGUUUAUUGCUGGAUACAACAUAGACGACCCUCUAGAACUCUUGCUCAACAGAACUACCACAUCUAAAGAAUCUUUCAAGGCCAAGUCUGACUAUGUAAAGGAGCCAAUACCAAAAGAUGGUCUAGAAGGAGCUUGGAAAAUGCUUCUAGAGGAAGAAGCAUCAACCGUGAUGAUAUUCGAACCCUAUGGUGGUAUAAUGAAUGAAAUUUCAGAAUCUGAAACCCCUUUUCCCCACAGGAAGGGCAACUUGUAUAACAUACAAUACUUGGUCAAUUGGAAAGGGAACAGCAACGAAGAGAAGCAUCUACUUUGGGCUAAGAUGAUUUACAGAUAUAUGACUCCAUAUGUGUCAAAAUUUCCACGAGCAGCCUAUUUCAAUUAUAAGGAUCUUGAUUUAGGCAAAAACCUGCAUGACAACACAAGCUACUCAACUGCUAGUGUUUGGGGCGAGAAGUACUUCAAGGGAAACUUUAGGAGAUUGGCACAAAUUAAGACAAAGUUUGACCCCCAAAAUUUUUUCAGGAAUGAACAAAGUAUUCCUCUCCUAGAUCCCAUCCUUAUUAAAUAAAGUGCAUGCAUGACAUUAUUGGGAGAGCCUAGAACAUUUAUUUGUAUUUCAAUAAGAUGUGUGCUUUUAGUUCCUUUCCUGGAUGUUCAUUUCCUUUUUCUUCCUUAUUACCAGCAUAAAACUCCACACCAAAGAUAAGCUACUACGAUGACAUUCUGAUAAAAUAAAAGGAUAAAUCACAUUAAAACUGAGAUGAGUAACUAUUCGUAUUUGAGAAAAACUUUUGAAGAAUACAGAUUUCGGUGAUGUCAAUGGAAACUAUUAUCAGAAACGACUAAAAUAAUACUGGAGCAAAGACGAUAGGUAAGAUCGACAGCUGUAUAUCAUUUAAUGAUUAAUCAACGUUUUUUAAAUUACUUCAAUGAAAAGCAAACGGGGAAGCAAAAGAUUAAAUGAAUGGCAAAAAUUAAUUAAACACGAUAGUCAAUACCAAAAGAAAAGGCAUGAAUCAGGGCAGAAUUCAAACAAUCAAACCACACCUUC